ACCCGUUUCUGAAACAAGCGCCCCUACCGCGCGGUGAUGACGUCUCUUCCUCUCGCUGUUUAUUAUGUGGUUUUUAAGGAGUAGCUGCUAACUAGCGUUUAGCUUCGUCUUCAGACAUGCUCUGAUUUCACAGCUGACAGGUUUGGAGGGCAGAGAUGGCAGUGUGUGCACUGACCAUGUUGGAUGGCGUGGAGGAUGAGGUGACAGCAGCAGGGGGUGCACUGCUCCUGGUCCUGGCUCUCGUCUUGGCUUGGCUGUCCACUCAUGUGGCCGAUCGGAGAGACCACAUUCUGGGCACCAUCCUCACUAUGGGCGCUCACGCCUCUCUCAUCGGACUGGGAGGCCAUGACAGCUACAGCGGAGGGUCUCCCAGCACCGACGCCCCUGAACAGCAGAUUCCCGCACCCUCGCAGGAAAACAAGCCGGACGAUGGCGAAGCGGGGAGUGGGGGAGGAGAGAGUGAGGGAGCUGAGGGUUUCAGGACGGAUCUGCAGCUGGACAUACAGAGCAAACCACCACAAGCUGGAAGGCUGCACACUUCUGAUGAAGAGGAUGAUGAGGCUGAUGAUGAGGAAGAGCUGGAGGAGGAAGAUAAAAGGGCUAUAGAACAUAUCCCGGUUUUGGCCAGCACCAUCUACCCCAGCACUACUACUACAACUGCUAUUUCUGUCCGUCUGAAGUUUUUAAAUGACACAGAGGAGGUAGCUGUUGUAGAACCACUGGAUACAGUAGGAGUACUGAAAAGUAAAUACUUCUCAGGUCGGGAGCAUCAAAUAAAACUGAUCUACCAAGGCCAGUUGCUGCAGGAUCCAGGGAAGACUCUGUUAUCCCUAAACAUCACCCACAACAGCGUGAUCCACUGCCACAUCUCCCAGGCCCUGCAUGAGGCCAGUCCAGAGGACGGGGUUCAGCCUGGGGCCGGAGCAGGAGUCGGGUCUGGGUUUUCCGGAGGAUUCAGGGCUGCAGGUGUGGCCAUUAGCACCAGCAGCCUGGUGGUGCCCGUGUUUGUGCUGGUACUGGCUGUGGUGUGGUACUUUCGCAUCAACUACAGGCAGUUCUUCACCGCCCCUGCGACCGUCUCCCUCGUGGGAGUCACUGUGUUCUUCAGCUUACUGAUAUUUGGGAUGCACAGCCGCUGAGAAAGCACAAAGAGGUCACACGCUUACAGCUGACUGUUAUGUGGCAAAUAAAAGUAACUACAACAGCGGGUGAGCGGCCAGUGAGACGGACUAAUUGGAACAGGCCGCAGUGCAGGUGCCACAGCUGAUUGGGCACUUUCAGUGUGCGAGGUGAGCCUGUUUGUGCAUGUACUGAGAUAAAAAAAAACAAAAAAGAUGAGCGAAUGUAUAUGUAGUAUAUGAGGGGUGCAUAACAAUCCACAGUGAGUUAUGUUCAGCUUAACAAGAACCCAUUAUUUAGCUUCUCUUCAAACACAAUUUACCUUGUCUUCUUAGUCACUGAAGAGGCUUUCCUGUUUUUCUGUUAAAUAAAUUUUACUGUUAGAUUUCAAAAUGUAAAAUCGUUUGGAACCACGCACUGCUGUGUGCCAGUUAACUCUUUAACAUUAUUAUUAUUAAUCAAGCUCUUUCGUAGCCAAAUAUAAACUGUACAGAUUGUCCGUGCUAGGCUUAUCAUGUCAGUUUUGUUUUUCUUUGCUAAACAAUGUUGCUCUAUAGAAAUAGGUUGAGUGUAAAUAAUCAGACAUCAAAUUUACAUUUUUUUGUAAGAUAUUGUAAAUAUCAUUUUCUGUAAAUUGAAACACGAGGGAUCAGAUGAAACUGCAUCUAGUGCUCCAAAGAUUUGGAGGGAGAAGUUCAAUCCUCCUGAUUGUGCUAUACUGCUCUGGCUUCAUGUCUCAAAUUAAAGCAUUUCAAAUC